CAUUAAGUGCUACGCUGGCUGUCAAUGAACGCCAGAUUUCGGCGAUACGGCACGAUGCAAUCGGGCUUUUAAUAUUAAUAAAAUCUCAAUUAAAACAUGCAUUACCCCAUCAGUGCGUGCUCGUAACUAACAAAACCCUUUCAAUAACUUAUUUACUUUCAAGUAUUCGCUUCAUAUAGCUACGGCUUAGGUUAGAAUAGUUCAAGUCUCGUACACGUAUGCAGUGUCUAGGUUUUUGUAUAUUUCGGUGUUGAUAAUAUGACGUAAAGUGGGAUUUCCCUAUUAAUAAAGUUUCCAAGAUGCUGCCGCUAACCCAGAAGGACACCCGGUUCCCGCGCGGGCGUAUCGCCGGGCUCCGCGACAAGUUGACGAAUUGGUUCAGACUAAUUUACUCUGAUAAGAAUUCGAGGAAUUUGUUCCUAUUCCUUAUACUGAACUUGUCGUUCGCUUUCGUCGAGCUGUUCUAUGGUGUUUGGACAAAUAGUUUAGGUCUAAUAUCAGAUGCAUUCCACAUGUUCUUCGACUGCACGGGCCUGGUGGCGGGCCUGGCAGCCUCCGUGAUAUCAAAAUGGCGGUCCAAUGAGCGCUACUCGUAUGGAUAUGCACGGGCCGAAGUGGUCGCUGGCUUUGUGAACGGCUUGUUCCUGCUGUUUAUAGCAUUCUUUAUUAUGAGCGAGGCGGUGGAGAGGGCUAUUGAGCCUCCAGAGGUCAAACACGAACGGCUCCUACUAGUCUCAAUCAUGGGCUUCCUAGUCAACAUGGUGGGCAUAUACGCCUUCCACCACGGUCAUGCGCACGGCCACGGAGGGCAUGGGCAUUCCCACGGCGGCCACGGCCACUCGCACAACGGCAAUGGACAUAGCCAUGACGAUGAGGUCAACACUGGAGCUGGGAGUGCCAUCAUGAGAGGCGUGUUCCUACACGUGCUAGCUGACACUCUAGGCUCAGUUGGGGUUAUCAUAUCAGCUAUCCUAAUGAGGAUGUUCGGCUGGAUGAGAGCAGAUCCUAUAUGCUCCAUGGCCAUAGCCUUACUCAUCGCUGGAAGUGUUAUACCUUUAGUGCGGGACUCAGCGGGUGUUUUAAUGCAACGGACUCCUACAGCUUUAGAGCGCGCGUUACCAAACUUGUACACAAGAGUGGUAGGACUUGCUGGGGUCCAUGGGGUCCAGGAGCCUCAUUUCUGGACUCUGUGCAGUGAUGUGCAUGUUGGGGCCCUCAAGUUAGAAGUGGCAAAGGAAGUGGAUCCGCGGUAUGUGACGGAGCAGACCGCUAGGAUUUUUAGAGAGGCCGGCGUUAAGCAUUUGACGGUGCAAUUGGACUAUUCUCCGCUCUGAUCGUAAAUUAAUAUUGACUUUAGGCGUCGUUGGCGUUCAAGGUUGUCCAUGGACCUCUAAAGGUUAC